CAGUCGAGUUGUAUCGAACGUGUGAGCGCAACAAGCCUUCAUUACCUCACGAAAAGCAAAUGAAUGAAUGAAGAUGGAAGAGGUGUGAAUGGACGAAUGGGCGGAGAAGUGAAAGUGGCCCCCACCUCACCCUCCCCCCCACCCCCUUUUGCUUCCUUCUCAUGAUGACCGAGCGCCCGCAGGCAUCCACCUGUCCUCGUUUUAGGACACCCUGAUUGGUUGCCGCCAAGUUGAUCUGCACUACUCGGUCGGAAAAGAUUUCAGAUCGUCGCUGGAUGAGGAAAGCGCGAGCGGAUCGAAACUCUUCGAGGAAUGACAAUCUGAUUGGAAAGAUGUGGAUGCUUUUUUCAGCCGCCCUUCUGUCUGUCGUACAGAUGCAACGAGUUUUGGCAACGGGAUGCAGCAUCGUGUCAGUGACAUCUCCUUCAGCAUCAUCGCUGAAUGUCGUAUGGAGCGAAGACGUCGGCGCUUCGGUAUAUUUGCUGGACUUACGAGUGGUCAACUCCACCAGUAUUGCCCCCGUGGUGGUGAUGCCGUACCCACCCAGCACUCAGAGGCUGGUUCAGGGUUUACGACCUGGCCACACAUACCUGGUCACCGUCAAGGUCAUAGCGUCUUACCUUGUUGUGUGCACAGACACUUACGUAACCAUGACAGUACCGGCGACAUCUCAGAUCACAUUUUCCAGAGCUAUUUCAAGUACCUCGAUCGUAUUCGAGUGGUCAAGUGUGUUCGGGGCCGACAGCUACACUUUGUUUGUGGAGGAGUUGUUCAGCACCCCCGCAAAGAAAUACAACCGGACCUUCGCGACUUUGAGCGGACAAGCGGACGGCUUGCUUCCGUCGACGACGUACAUCUGUUGCGUUCAUGCCUCCAACGCGGCAGGAAGCGGCGCCAAAAGUAACAUCCGGACGAUCACGACCUUGACCGUGAGCGACAACGAAAAUCCCAGCAACCCGCCCGUCAUCAUGAACACGUCGUCCGUAACCAUGGAUAUCGCUCAUCUGGAACCCUGCUCCAGCUACACGGUGGGGGUAUCGUCGGUCAACGUGUUCUUAGUACCCGGGGAGGCUUCCAAUGUCACGCACACGACAUCCACCAUCAAUCCCGUGACGUCCCUCGCGGCGGUCUACAGCUGCUCCGGCCGUAUGGCGACGGUAACGUGGGAUUUGGUGUUUGGCGCCAACUCGUACCGAGCCACGGCCGUCGACGGCGCCGGCGCCUCGCUCAACUGCACGUCGGCCUCCGACAGCUGCCGGAUCACCGCGCUCCAGUGCGGCGAGCGCUACAGAGUGCACGUCACGGCAAUCUCCGACGACUGCGAGAGCAUCGCCAACACCUCCGCCGUCUUCGAGACGGUGCCCUGCGCGCCAGCUCGCACUCGGACCAACCACGACUGCUCAAGCAACGUGAUCCUCUUCAGCUGGGAGCCAACCAACAACACUUUUUACUACGUGGCCACGGCAGAAGACAACGAUGGCCAAAUGACCGAGUGCCGGACACAAGACAGCGCCUGCUUCUUCACCAAUACAGGCUGCGGUCAAUUCUACACGUACACCGUGUACGCCGUCAGCUCCGAAUGCGACAGCCAAGUCAGCCGACCUGAGUUCGUCCGAACCUCUCCCUGUCUUCCCGCCAAUGUACGGACGGCGGCGGAAUGUCACUCGGAAACCCUGAUCACGACGUGGGACUCGGCCGCAGGAGCUCUGUCCUACACCAUCGAAGCGCAGGGCAACACGGGAGAAACCUACAACUGCACCUCCUCGUCCAACAGCUGUGCGGUGACCGGCGUGCCUUGCGGGGAACACCUCAGCGUGUGGAUCGUCGCCUCCAAUGACAACUGCUCCACCGACCCGGUUCUGGGAGAGGUGGCGCAGACCGUUCCUUGCACCCCCACCAUCGCGUCAGCAUCGGCCAACUGCAGCCGAGACUCGGCGACGAUCGCCUGGACGACGAGCGUCGGCGCCAUAUUUUACACCGCCGUCGUUCAGGAUACGGAUGGAAACUUGCACGGCUGCAGUUCGGCCGCCACCGAAUGCUCGGUGGGAGACCUGACGUGCGGACGCAAUUACACGGCCCGCGUCAUCGGAUCCAAUUUCAAAUGUAACAGCAGCGAAAGCGAUGGGAUUGCCUUUCGUACCGCUCCGUGUCCUCCUGAAAACGUCGAAGCGUUCAGAGACUGCGACGCCAACCACGCUCUGAUAGUCUGGCAGAAUCACCGCUCCGCAGGCAACUACACGGCGACCAUCGAGGAUCCGGGCGGAGCUCGACUCGCAUGCAACAGCGAGACCGUCAACAACUGCAAAAUCCCCGAUUUGCCUUGCGGGAAGACGUACAACGUGACGGUCACUAACGAUGAUGGAAGCUGCCGUUCUAUAUCGACGUCGGUCAGCAUGGACUCAGUACCGUGCGGCCCGCAGGAUGUUGAGGCGGUCAUGAAUUGCCCUACGGGCGAGCUGACAAUGACCUGGAGCAACUCGGUCCCUGCCGACAACUACACGGCAACCAUUUCCAGGGGUUUGGGUCAGCCUCUAUACUGCAACUCCACAGAGACUCGAUGCACCAGAGGAGGCUUAGCUUGCGGCAGCGCUUACUCUGUGACCAUUGCGGCCGUCACCGGGACAUGUUACAGUCUGCCCAGUACCGAGGCCAUCGUGCAAACAAUGCCAUGCCCUCCUACAAACGUCAUUGCUGUGGAAACAUGCGGACCAGGUCCUGUUCCUGUCUCUUGGGCGGCCAGCGACAGCGCCGACUCUUACACUGCCGUUGCCGUGAGCGGUGCGGGCUAUACCUCCACAUGCGCCACCAGUGGAACCUCGUGCGACUUUUCUAACCUUAUGUGCGGGCAAGUUUACAACAUCCGUGUGGCAGGAGUGGACAACAACUGCACAGGUCUCUACGGAGAUCCUGUGCCACUGUACACGGAGCCAUGCACCCCCACCAACGUGUCCAUCCAGCUGGACUGUGCGGCCGGCAUCUCUCGCGUGUUCUGGAACCCCGAUCCGAAUGCGGCCGGCUACACUGUGACGGCCACCGAUCCGGAGCAGACGCGCACCUGCGUCAGCACUACGCCCAACUGUACGCUAACAAACCUGCUCUGUGACCAACCCUAUGACGUUUCUGUGACGGCCACCGACGGCAUCUGUGUCAGCGGCCAGAGCGCCUCAAUCCGGCAAGCGCCAGUACCGUGCGCGCCCGUGGAUGUCAACACCACUUUCUCCUGCAACACCAAUGACCUCAAGGUCAGCUGGAGAAACUCUUCUUGGCCACUAAACUACAGCGUCGUCGCCACUCCCCUCUCGGGAAAUUCGACGUCGGCCACCUGCUACACGGACCGGACUGACUGUAGUCUGAGUGACCUUCGCUGCGGACAGACUUACAAUGUUUCCGUAAAAGGUUGCUUUGGAGAUUGCCCCGGACCGUAUAGUGUCCCACGGACCAUCAUGACGGCUCCAUGUGCACCUCAAAACUUGGAAGCGACGACAGACUGUAGCACGCACUUCAUCUGGGCCUCUUGGAACGCUGCCUGGGGGGCUACCUCCUACACAGCGACUAUGACGGGACCAAAUGGCAUCUCCGAAACGUGUUCCACGUCGAACCUCGCGUGUUCUUUUAGUAAUCUGCAGUGUGCAACCCAAUACAGUGUCAACGUCACAGCUCAUGAUGACGACUGCUCCGGCCCCCCCGCUCGGAUGACGAUGACCACUGGACCGUGCGAUCCAUCGAAUGCGACCGCCGUUCUUCAGUGUGGUUCCGAUGCGGCGACAGUAUCCUGGCAUGGCAGCGCCGGGGCCGCAGCGUACCACGUUAUGGCUUACGCCUCGCAGCAUCGAACAUCCUGCCGGAGCAUGUCGACUUCCUGUCAGUUGAAUGGCCUGCAGUGCGGAGCGACAUACAAUCUGACUGUCGUCGCCGAAGGCAGCGCGUGUAACAGCACAGGAGGCUCACGAGCAACGUUGAUGACGGCUCCGUGCUCGCCGUACAUCGAAAGCAGCACCCAAAUCUGCGGCACAAAUUCCUCCACUGUGUCCUGGAAUCCGGUGGACGACGCCACGGGUUACAUCGUCAAUGCAACAGCCACAAGCGGCCAUUUGCUUUCCUGCUACUCGAUGACUCCGACGUGCGCGUUAAGAGAUUUAGAGUGCGGUGCAACUUACACAGCCACUAUCGUGGCUCGGGGAAGCCAGUGUGACAGCCCACCCGGACCACCUGCUAACAUUACCGCAGCUCCCUGCCCCCCUGCGGUUAUUUCCAAGCAGUACAUGUGUGGCAACAACACAGCCGUGCUCAGUUGGAGUGACACCGUUGGACGUCUCGGCUUCCGAGCCGAGAUAGUUGGAUAUGGCUAUCGGGAAAUCUGCAGGACUACAAAUACCAGUUGUGUAGUCCGCAAUCUUCCUUGCGGGUUGGAUCUCAAUGUCACUGUGCAUGCCGAGGGAGAACACUGCAACAGCGCCCCUAGUGUCUGUCAUUCACUCCAAACGGUCCCAUGCGCCCCAGUGAACAUUAGUGCCACCCUGGUCUGCUUCAAUCACUCAGCCCUGGUGUCGUGGGCGGGAAGCUCCGGCGCCGUUGAAUACACAGUGACGUCUACCGGCCAAAACGGAGGCACGCAUCAAUAUCGUUCAAACACGACGAGUUAUCAACUUUCACACAUCCGCUGCGGAGAAACGUAUGACAUCACUGUCACGCCGCACUCCGAGUCGUGCGCCGGAAGCCCGAGUCAAGUCUACAGCUUCAGAGCAGGCCUUUGCUCUCCUCGUAACGUCACCGUGGCUCCACCGUGCGAGGACAACAACAACACAGUGUCCUGGGCCGGCGUGACGGGGGCCGAGAUGUACGUAGCCACAGCCGUAGCCGACGAUGGACGCGCGCACACUUGCAGCUCCGAAGCGUCGACCUCAUGCCGCUUCACCGAUCUUCGCUGCGGGCAAAACUAUUCCGUCUCCGUGGUGACCGUGGACCGGGGUUGUCCGAGCGAACCGAGCUCAGCCGUGGAAGUUACGACCGCUCUGUGUCCACCCGCUAACUUGGCGGGCGAGGUCGCCUGCGACACCAAUGCCGUGAGCAUCUCAUGGGACCCGAGUCCAGUUCCCGGGGUUUCUUCCAUCCUGAACUACCGGAAGCUCUCUGGCGCACUUCCUCCUUCAUCGUGGACGACCUCAAACGCCUCACACACACUCGCGGACUUGCAGUGUGGACAGCGCUACGUAAUCUACGUUGCUUUCCUGGAUGGGGCUUGCCGCAGCAGCUUCAGCCCUUCCGUGGAAUUAAGCACGGCUCCCUGCCAGCCCGCAAACUUCACCGCUCGCGUGGACUGCGGGUUGAACGUAGCCAACUUCUCCUGGGCCGAGAGCAACGGAGCAGCUUUUUACACGGUGGAGGUGACGGGGGAGGAGCACGGCCACGUGGCGUCUUGCGCAUCCGGCGACACCUCGUGCGCCGUCAGACUCCACUGCGGACGCCCCUACUCGGCCUCUCUGGUUGCGUCCACCGAGAGCUGCAACAGCACCGAACAUGCCGACAUUCGUUUUGAUUCCGCGCCAUGUCUCCCAGAAGAUGUCGUGGCCGUAAUGGACUGUUCCACCAACGCCAUGAACGUGACUUGGUCCGAGACCCCCGGCACGGACAACUACACGGCUUGGGCCGUCAGCCUGGAAGGCCACCGAGCUUCCUGCAACUCCACCAACAACAAUUGCUCCAUCCGUCACCUGCGCUGCGGCCACGUCUACGAGGUGGCGGUCACCUCGUCCUCCGUUCAAUGUGAAAUCAUCGCCGGUUCCGAUUACAAGGUCCAAGCCGCUCCAUGUAAAGCGCAAAACGUCACGGCGGAUCUCAACUGCAGCUCCAACGUCAUGACGGUGACUUGGCAUCAAGUCAGCUCACUGGCUCAGAACUUCACCGUAGAAGCCACGUCGGCUUCGGGUGUGAACUCCACUUGUGAAAGCAACGAGAGUGAGUGCUCCUUUUUGGACCUGAGCUGCGGUCAACUCUACACUUUCACCAUGACGGCUCACACCAACGUCUGCGUAAGCGAGAUGAGCGACCCCGCACAGAUGCUAACCGCUCCAUGUCCCCCCGGUGAGGUGUCCGCAGCGAUAAACUGUACCACCCGAACGGCUCUGGUCAGCUGGGAUACCGCAGCGGCUGCGGCGGCCGCAGCUUACGGCGUCCAUGCCGCUUCCGCCGACGGACACAACUCCUCCUGCAGUGGGACGGGAGCCUCGUGCGAACUCGACAGCCUCGUCUGCGGACAGAUCUACUCGGUUGUGGUGGAAUCCAUGCAUAGCGGCUGCGCCGGUCCGGCUACUGCUCCAGUGUUGCUCGCUACAGAUCCUUGCGUUCCCAUGAAUGUUUCGGUCUCCUACAGUGUAAAUGAUACCCGGGUGCUGUGGAGUGCGGCAGACGGGGCCAGUUCCUACUCGGUGUGGGCCGUGAACGAUCAAGGCCGGGUAGCCACAUGUAACAGCACAGAAACGAGCUGCCAUCUGAGCGGCCUGCGCUGCGGUCAGAUCUACAAUGUUACUGUGACGGCACACAACCGCGGUUGUGAUAGUUUGACCUCCGACGCCCACCGAUUUAUGACAGAACCGUGCCCGCCCAGCAAUGUUUUAGCCGAUAUGGAAUGUGAGCAACUUGCGGCGACUAUUUCCUGGGACCGCAGUGCGCUCGCUCUGGGUUACGUGGCCUAUGUUUACGACCAUUCCGGACGCUACGUUUCGAUGUGUGAGGCGGAGGGUACGACCGCCAGCUGCGCUGUCUCGGGACUCGCGUGCGGCACCCAAUACCACACGCGGGUCGUAGCCUUGGGACGGGAGUACAACAGCUCAGACAGCACCGCCAUCGCGUUGACAUCAGCGCCUUGCCCACCGGCCGGCAUAGAAGCCGUUACGGACUGCGAGACCAAAUCCGCGAUCGUAUCCUGGCUCCCCGGCCUUGGAGCCGCAUCUUACAUGGCCGAUCUAACGGCCUCGUCGGGCCGCACGGCAACGUGCGCCACCAACGACACCCGCUGCCGUCUCGGAUCUCUGCCGUGCGGCGAGCAAUACAACGUCUCUGUGACGAGCGUGGGCGACACCUGCCGCAGCACCGAGCGAAUGUCAGGAUAUCUCACCACAGAGUCCUGCGUCCCGGUCAAUGUGUCCGUCCACUACAAUAUGAGUGAAGCUGGCGUCACGUGGUCUGCAGCAAGAGGCGCCGGGUCUUACUUUGUCCAGGCCGUGAGCGAUUGGGAUCUGAGCGCAAGCUGUAACAGUACUGGAACCCGGUGCGGUCUUACUGGCUUGCGGUGCAGUCGGGUCUACAACGUCACCGUGGCGGCGAAAAAUGACGCGUGCGACUACACCGCGAGAUCGGAAACGUACCGCCUCGUCACAGAACCUUGCCCUCCUACCAACGUUCAGGCCAACGGUGAAUGUGAACGGCUCAGGGUGGCCGUUUCCUGGGAGCAGAGUGAGCUCGCCGCGGGUUACGUCGUCUACGUUUACGACCGUUACGGAUACAACACCUUGAUGUGUGAGGCUGGAGAUGGAGACACCGGCUGCGUUGUGUCGGGACUCAUGUGCGGCACCCGAUAUGAUGUGUGGGCCAUCGCCCGAGGAGAGGAGCGCAAUAGCUCUGAGAGCACAACGGUCUCGUUCACGUCAGCUCCGUGCCUGCCGACCGACGUAAAUGUCGAGGUGGACUGUAACUCCGACGGGGUUGCAGUGGCGUCCUGGAGCCCUCCUUACGGCGCGGCAAACAUUUCUCUAACAGCCGGCGGAAAUCUCGAGUUUCCCUGCCGAGCCGAGCGCGACGACGCGUUGAGCAUCUGCAACCUGACUGGUCUGGACUGCGGCCAAACCUACAACCUGAGCCUCACCGCCAGCAACGACGGCUGCAGCGUCACGUCACAUAUGCACUCCAACUUCACCACGCGCCCGUGUCGACCUCGGUAUGUCGGCGUUGCCCUGCCGUGCGGUUCUGGAACCGCCGUCCUGUCCUGGGAGGAGAGGCCUGAAGUGGAACUUUACAUGGGAAGCGCCGUUCUUAGCUCAGGCGGGGAGGAGCUUUGGUGCAACGCUACAGGUUCUUCCUGUAUGUUCCCGGACCUCUCCUGCGGAGAGAUGUACAACUUUACCGUCAAAGCGCUCAGUCACGGCUGCUGGAGCCAAGCCAGUGACUCUGUGUACAUACAAACGGAGCCUUGCCGGCCUGUGAUCGUGACGGCUCGGUCUCCCUGUCAGACCGAGGAGCUGCAGCUGUCCUGGAAUGCUGCCGGCGGUGCGGCGUUUUACCGCAUCACGGUUGAAGGAAGUCUGGGCUACGUGGGGAACUACAAUACCACGCACACCAGCCUGACCGCCGCGCUACCGUGCGGACAGAACUACAGCGUCAUCGUGCAAGGACAAGGCGGCGAGUGCAACGGUGACCCGAGCAGCCCCGCCUUUGUCAAAACGUCUCCGUGCAUCCCUCGCGAUGUGACGACCCGUGAGCAGUGCGGGGCAGCCGCAGUUUAUUGGCGGGCCAGCGAUGGCGCCGUAACGUACGCCGCGGAAGCCAUCGGUCUUGAUGGACGCAGCCACUGGUGUUACAGCAACCACAGCAACUGCACCUGGGACGACCUUGGCUGCGGCGAUGAGUACACCGUCCUGGUGAUGGCCGAGGAUGACGACUGCGCCAGCCUGCCCGGCAACAGCUCCGUCAUCUACAUGGAACCAUGCUUGCCCCAGAACGUCCUUGCCUCCGUGGACUGCGAGGCGAACGCUAUCUCGCUGAGUUGGGAUGCCAGCAAUGGAACAAAAAUGUACGUGGUCUCACUCGACACGGAAGGCCAAAGUGUCAUGCACAGCACCAACGACACCCAAGUGCACUUGUCCGGCCUUAACUGCGGGGAAAACUACAGCCUCACAGUGACACCUCACAACCAUUACUGCGUCGGUAUGACGAGCGUAACGACUUCCAUACAGACCUGGCCUUGCCCACCCAGGGAGGUCUACACCAUGAAGGACUGCCUUUCUGGUACUAUCAUGGUUGCGUGGCAACCCAGCAAUGGGACAGACCACUACACGGCCACCGUGGGCUCUGUCAGCGGCGCCUCUCAAACCUGCAUGUCAUACUCUGGCGAAUGCAACGUUUCUGGACUGGCCUGUGGACAGAACUUUGCCGUGUCGGUUACGGCGUCCAAUCGGCUGUGUAACGUCACCUCCGUAAUGGAUCACGGUGUCCAAUCGGUGCCAUGUGUUCCCGCUGACGUCUCCGUGACGAAGGACUGCCAUAGCGACACCGCUGCCGUGUCCUGGUCCGCCAGCGACGGUGCGACUCAGUACUUGGUGACGGCCUCCUGCUACCACGGCAAUGUCAGCCACCAGACCCCCGACCUCAACUAUACUCUGAACGAUCUCAUGUGUGGUAGCCGAUACUCCGUUCAAGUGGUGGCUAUGGAUGACAACUGCUCCAGUGUUCCCAGUCAAGUUCUGAUAUUUGACACAGCCCCAUGUCCACCCCACAACGUGACCACCCAGCUCAGCUGCAUGUCCAAUAAUUUGACGGUUUCUUGGGACUCCGUCGGGUACGCCGACUACUUUUUGGUCUGGCUAAGCGAGGACGGCGUACAAGGCGGCGGUGAGACGUUCAACACCACCGGCAAUGAGUCUUCCACCAGUCGCCUGAACUGUGGGAGCAGCUACACCGUCCAAGUCACAGCAGUCAAAGGAGAUUGCCGGACACAAUCCAAUCGGAACUACAGCAUUUUGACAGCUCCGUGCCAGCCUCAGGGCAUCCAAGGCAGCCUUGACUGUGUGACCAAUUCUGCCUGGAUCUCAUGGGACUCCGCCCCGGGCGCAGACCGCUACACCGUUUUAGCGAUGGGGGAAGACGACAGCACAGCCAACUGUACCACCUGGACCAACAGCACCUGCGAGGUGGAGGACUUGGCGUGUGGUAUUCUUUAUCACUUUAGCGUGACUGCCAAGAACAGCCGGUGCCACAGUCAUCCCAGCGCCACCAUUGACUUGCAAACGGCUCCCUGCUCCCUCGCCGGCAUCACGGCCGUCCCUGAAUGCCACGACGCUUCCAUCCUCGUCAUCUGGGAGCUGGCGGAAGGCGGCGAGGGAAACGCCGUGUACACCGCCACAGCCGAGGCCAGCGACCGCACGUACCUGACCUGCAGUGGCAGCGGCACAAACUGCACCCUGCACGGGGCGCAAUGCGACCUCCACUACACCGUCAUCGUUGCCGCUUCAUCAGACCAGUGCAGCAGUUUGAGAAGUCCGCCUUAUAGACUAAGCAUGGAACCGUGUCCACCGAGCGAAGUGAAUGUCAGCGCCUCGUGUGAGGACCACAGCGCCCUGGUGUCCUGGACCCCCUCUCCGGUUGCCGCAACUUACCGCGUUGUCGCCUCGGCCGCGGACGGACACACGCGUACCUGCGGCGGCUCCUCUUCCACUAACUGUAGCUUGUCUGGGCUGCAUUGCGACGAGCGGUACGCGGUGCACGUGACAGCCAGUCAUGAGAACUGCACCGGCAUGGCCAGUCACAAUGUUACCUUCAGCACGGCUCCCUGUCAACCCGAGGGUCUCUCGGUCACCUUCCACUGCAGUAAUGAGUCUGCAGUGCUCUCGUGGACCCCCGGCGACAACGCGGUGGACUAUUACGGCUGCGCUCAGACGUGGAGUGGAGAGAUGCUUUACUGUUACAGCACCUAUCCCACCUGUACCAUUUCUAAUCUGAACUGCGGGACGCUUUAUAACUUCACCGUCCAGGCCUCGGACGGCACGUGCAAUGGCUCCUUCAGUGAUCCGGUGCAAAGAGGAGCAGCCCCGUGUCCGCCAGACGCGGUUGAAGUGCAGCCUAUGAUGAUGUACGCGGAGAUCCAGACUUUGCGAUUCACCUGGACAGACAUCAGCUGCGCAUCCACAGAGUACCUGCUGAGGUUAUCGGGGAACCUGCUGGGAGACAGCCAGGCCCGCUUCCAAGUGUCUUCCUAUUGGACAAGCGGGACCUCCUUCGAGAUCCCGCUUCCCUGCGGUUCCUACUAUGUGGCCACAGUGGAGAGCAGGAACAUGGCUGGAACCAGCAACCAAUCUGUGCCUCUCCACGAGACAACAGCCCCAUGUCAACCGUCCACGGUGUUGUACAGCAGUAACAGCUCAGUCGCCAAAGUUUCCUGGAGCCCUUCCGUGUUCGCCACCACGUACACCGUGUACAAGCGCAACAUCUCACUCGGCUCCCGGCUGUGCACCACCAGCGGCCUGGCCUGCUUUCUGCUCAUCAACAUUGCCUAUUCAGACCUGCUGGUCACGGCCAGUAACGCAGCUGGGGAAAGCCGAGGGUCGGCCGUCGCGAGCGUGGUGUCGCACGAAGUCAGAAAACGAGACCUCAGUGACAGUGAUGUUCCUGUGUUAAACGUCUCGCUGCUGAGCAAUUCGUUGGUUAUGGCGGAGUGGCCCCAAGAAAACGUUGCGAAUGACAGCGCUUACAAGCUAGUGAUCUCGCAGCAGCGGGCCAACUCCAAGGCACCCCAGGAACUCAUCGUACUCGGGCAAAGCUACAUCCUCACUGAUCUGAGCCCCAACUCCACUUACUGCCUCACCGUGUCUGCCUGGAGCGAAACUAACGUUGGACCGGCGUCAGAUUCUGUGUGUUUGGAAACAGGACAAGCUAGCUAGCAAUCAUUGAGUAUAACACCACCUAUUCACAGACAACAAGCCUGAUCAUAAUGUGACAGAUCAAAUCACACAACGCCUUGUAACUUUAGACCUUGUAGCAUACAGGAAAGACUUGUUUAGGGGUCGUGGUCUUGGUUGUGCAAUGCAACAUUUGGAUACAAGGAAUUAAGUUUUCCAUGUCAACUUCAGUAACUUUUGUCCAUAUACCGGGUAGUGCAUAGUAACUGAGUGACACAAUAUGCUGACGAUUGCAACAUCUUUCUGUGAUUAAAACCCAAAAAUCCAUUGUGAAA